AUGUGUUCUUAUUUUCAGUAUGACAUUUUUUAUAAUUUAAAGAAAUAUCAAGAAAUUGAAGAACAAUCAAAAAAUGAUGAGUCUAUUAUUUCUUCUGGCUUCUCUUCUUAUAAUAGAAACGUAAUGUCGGGUAUAGAACCUGAUCAAAAGUUUAAAAAUCUCGAGGAAAAUUUUAUAAAAUUCUUUUUACUCUUGAAUAGUACAGAACACAAUGGUGUCUCCCCAGGUAAAAGGCACUUUGAUUAUUUGAAUUAUUGGUUAAACAAUGAAUUAAGGAAGGAUAAGAAAAGUGUCAAAAGUUUUAUUAAAUUUCUUGAUGAACGCUUGGAUAAAAAUUUUGAAGAUUACAAUAAUUACAUUAAUUUUAGAAAUAAAGUAUAUAAUAUGAAUGAUGACAUUUUUGAAAAAAUGAGUAUAUUAUAUAAAUUGUAUGAUAAUUAUUAUAAAACUAUUGGGACCUCAGAGAGUACAGAUGUAUGUUCGAUAAAUUCUAAGAUGUGUGCAGAGGAAUAUGAAAAAGGAAUAAAAAUGUAUCUUAAUACGAACAGUUAUAAGUAUUACAAUGCAUUGAAAACAUUUAGAAAUAUAUAUAAUAGUAUUAAGAAGGAUAAUGUUUAUUGUAUAAAUAAAGAUUUAUCAAUAUUACCAGAAGUUACUACGAUUAAGGAAGUAGUAAAAAAGGAAGUUGAGACCAAAGCAUCAACUACAUGCCAAUCUAUUAAAUCCCGUCCUUUAAAAUUGCCUCCUAAUGGGAAAAAUUCAUUUGAUGAUAUCUUAGAUACGUUAUCUGCACAUGAAAAAUAUGAAAAACUGAAUGAUGCAGAAAUUGAUGGGUCUAGUUGUGCUACAUAUUGUAAAAAUUUGACAUCUUUAGAAGGUAAUAACGAUGACGUUCAAACACUAUGUGCCAAAAUGGUAACCAAUUUAAAAACAUUACAUACGAAGUCUGAUGUAGGGAAAACCCAAAAGGAUCGUUGUUCAUUUUUAACUCAUUGGACUCGUUAUCAUGUAAUGAAUUUAUUUAGUAAUUAUCCUAAUUCUAAUCAAGAGAAAUCUUUUCUUAAAGAGCUUAAUGAUGCAAUAUUCAACGUUAAUAAAAAUAUAACAGGACGGAAUAAUCGGUGUAAUUUCUACCUAUAUGGCAAUUGGGAUUAUUGGAAAGAAGAAAAAUAUUUGCAUGAUUAUUUUGUAAAUCAUGAUAAAAUUAAAAAAUACGCUGAUAAACCCAAUGUAGAUCCCCUCAAUAAAUUUUGUAUCUCCCUUAGCGACAUUAAUGAUUUAUACAAAAAGUACAUAAAGGAUUGUUGCAUGUGCUUUAUUAGACCCUAUCCUCAUUGUGAAGAAAAAUGCCCGAAAUAUUUUAAGUGUGAGAAAAAAUAUUACCCUUAUGAUCUUAUUUCUAAAUUGAACUGUUCAUAUCUAAAACCUAAUGAUAGUGUAGAAGAAAUAUUUAAAUCUGUAACUCUCGAUUAUUCUGUUGUAACCAGAAGUCAAAUAGAAUCAGUAAAUUCGUGUAAUGGUUUUAUGUGUGAGCCUUUUUAUAAAUUUGUAUCACUUGGUUAUUCACUCCUUGGGGGGGGGGUUAUUUUUUUUUUAUUUUAUAAAGUAACUAAAAAAUAUUUUUUAAGUGUAUAA